CCCAACAUCGUGCUCUUUGUUCUCCUGCCCCAACAAACGUCUUUGAUCCACCACAGCGGAAGCCCCUAUCACAACCUUUCACAAUGUCCUUCCUACCCUUGGUUGACGACAAGUUCGAGAAUCCUCCCUUUGAUCCAGCCAUCCAGGUCGCUGGAAAUAAGGAAGAAUCGAAACAAGGCCAAGAUACGCAGGCAUCAAGCUCGGAAGAUCCUGUCGACAGCCUCGCAGCCAAACUUGAGGCGAGCGAUAUGGUUCCAGGCCAGGAACCCAAAGAUGGUCCUCCCUGCUGCCUGCCCUCCAACACCAGUGCUCAGAAUACGCCUGUCUUGAAUCAAGAUCCCAUGCAGGAUGAUGCUUCUUGCGCUGAGACUAUGAGUGCGGAUUACGAUUAUACGACUCCUCAUGAAGAGGCCAAUGCUGCUCCCCUUCCGGCCUUCGAUAUCAUAGUGCCAGAUAUCGCUGUGCAUGGCCCGACAUCCGAUUAUGGGGGUGCCGAUUGUGAGAUGGACAAGACAGUGGGUGACGCUGAUGUGACACCAAUCCAAGAAGAUCAUGAUGUCACUCCCUGUAAUGAGCUUUCCCCUGAAGCCUCGAAGCCUGACACGAUGGUUGCAAAGGAGAUGCUUGCAAGCCAAGAAGAUCAGGAUAUCGCCCAGACUCUGCCCUCGAGCGAGCAAUCCCCACCCGCCUCGACAGGAAACAGGGUUCCCGCUAUGAGCGAGAUUCGUCCUGGCGAAGACGUGACCAGGAUCAUUGGACGGAUCAACGCAAUGGUCACGAGUUCCAUGGAGGACCUCCCGAUGUCUCCUGCGCAGGACAACUCUUCACCCAUUAACGGCUCCACGAAUCCCCCAGCAAACGUGUCCAAUGCCCCCAUGGACGACGCCAACGAAGGAGUCUUCGAGCGAGUCGUCCUCACAUACAGCCAGCCCACCGAAGCCCGAGUGCGAGUUCGAGGCCGUGCAUCCGUGGAUGUUGCCACCACGCCCGACCCUCUCCCAGGUCUCAAGUCCACCAUCUCCAACACCAACUAUGAGACGACGACCGCGGCGACUCAACCUACCCGAAGCGCCAGAAUCACGUACAGCCAGGAUUCCGAGACCCGCGUCAAGUACACAGGGUAUGCCAGGCAGGUUGAAAUCAUAUGGCGUCGUUAGAGAAACUCUCCGCAGCUGACAUGGUCCUAGAGAUGAAUUCUAUUGUCGCUGGGAAGGCUGUCGGCGACGGAAGCCAUUUGACCGGCCUCAAUAUCUCUUGGACCAUGUUAGGGUUUGCCAUGUUGGGAGUGAGAGUCGCGCUUUGGGCGAGGAUCUUAGUCACGGCGAGAAGGUAUUCGCGGA